AUGAGCGGAAAUAGCCAGGGGCAUUCGCUGGACGUUACUUCACCCCGAGGCAAUCCCUAUGCACAUCCGUCCGGUACCGGUUUCGGCAACCCAUACAGUCGUUAUCCGAUUGUCUCGGACAACGCAAACUACGGACAUGCACAUGCCCACACCGAACCGUCAUCCAACGAGCACGGGUUUCAUGCGGCUCAUUUAUCCGUCUCGGAGUUUGGCAGUCCAUCGUCGUCCCAUCACGGGGUCGCAUCGACCGCAAGCAGCAGCAACACUGGCAGCAAUACCAGUGCGCAUUACAUGGGUCACGCGACAGGAGUAUCGGAUCCGUACCAAUUGUACUCGCCUCAUUUGCGACAAACCUCGUCACACAUGCACCCGGCCUUGUCCCGUUCGAUGGAUCCACAACCACCCUCAAGCCAUAUGCAGCCUCACUCGGCUGCGGCAGCCGCGCAUCUGGCUCACUCCAUACAUGAAGUUUCGGGACUUGCUGCAGCCUAUCACGCGUACCACCAAUACCACCAACAGCAACAACAGGCUGGACGGCAUGGCCUUGGAAUUCCACCACCUAACACACCCACUCCAACACCGGGUGCCCAUGCACAUUAUCACAGUCUGUUGAACGCACAGUCACGUGGUUAUUAUCCGCCCCCUUCGGGAUUGGACGACCAAUUCUCCACACAUCGCGAACUCGGUCUCUAUACAGCGCAAACCGAACGGCGCGAUCCGAAAUCGGCCUAUUUGGCCGAAACAUAUCGAGAGUCCCAGGCGACUUCCGGUCGUUUUCUGUUCUAA